CUGAUCCGUAUCACUUGUCACGCUGAUUUAAUGAGGGUGCUCUAUUAUUACGUACGUCACAAGUCAUUCCUCUCUCCUGCCAACCAUUAUUAUAACAACACCCAUCAGAUAAAAAGUAUUCUGUCUUUUGCAGCUUUGGCGGACACGGAUUUCCCUGAUAGUUUGCAGUGGCUGGUGGAUUCUACUGUCCUGUAGUCCCAGUCAUUGCCGCUUUGUUAUUCGAGUGAACACGGGUAUGCCAGAGACUUGAGUGAAAAAGAUGAAUUCCAUGUUAGCACUGCCAAUAUGUUCCAAGACAUCACUGGAGGUACUGCUGAGAGAAAUUUUACAUGUAGUUGUGGUGAUUGUGGCCUGGGGACACGUUGUAUAUCUCUACACGGAAGAGGAAUACCCGUGGGGACUUGAGAAGAAUUGGCAUUUCGCCUUCAUUCGAUGGGUUGAUAUAACGAUGCACUGGGCCUCAGGUUGUCUCUAUCGCAGCCGGCUACAUCUGUUCAUGGGUGUUUGGCAUAUCAUGAAAUUACCGAGCAUAGUUAAUAGCUUUGAUGAUGCAAUCCCGGGCAUUGGAGAAAAACUACUGUAUUUUACCCCAUGCAACGCUCUGGACACAACGUCUUACGUUUCCACUGCUAUGACGUCAACUUCCCUGAAUGCAAAAGUGGUGGGCUCCUUGCUGUAUGGCUUGCUGAAAUGGCAUGGCUUUUAUUACUGACCGUUUUUCCUACAUGAUAUAACAUAUAUGAGGUGCACGAUGGGAUUUUCGUGAAUUGUGCAUUUUUCGAUUUUUAUAUUUAUAAGAUUUUAAAAGGGGUGAAGUUUUACCGAUUGUACGGAUAUGUUUAAGAUUAAUUAGAGAUUUAUGUUCGAUAACACGAACUGUCGUCUGCCAUAAAAAAAGCGAAAAACGUGAACCGUUUUAUAAUUUUAUUGUAAAUUUGCAUUCUUAAAGAAAGUUUUAAUUAAAUGUUUUAAUUUACUUUCACAAACUAGGUACUUUAAAUGAUUAUUUAAAUUUUCAGUAAUUAUAUUGUGUUCAAUUUUAUUGUCUGUAAUUAAAUAUUCAUUUAUUUUUACUAUUA